UCUUCAGACCCCGCUAUGGUUAUAGAACCCUCUCUGACCCAGCAGAUGGCCCCAUCUUUGCCUCCAGAGUUUCCUCAGGAGGUAGAACCAUCUGUAACUCAGCAGGAGGUUCCAGCUGAGAUUCCAGAACUCUCUAUGGAGGCAGAACCUUCUCUGACCCAGCAGGAGGCCACAGUUCAGGCUCCAGAGUCCCCUAAGGAGGUAGAACCUUCAAGGCAGCAAAUGGUCCCAGUUCAGCUUCCAGAGCCACCUAAGGAAGUAGCAGCUCAGCCUCCAGCUCAUUAUGAGGUCACAGUCACAACACCAGGCCAGGAUCCAGCUCAGCACUCAACAUUGCCCAGUGUCACUGUUCAACCUUUGGACCUGGGACUUACCGUCACUCCAAAACCCACUAUGGAAGUUGAACAUUCUACACCCCUGAAGAGGACUAUAGUUCCUCCAAAUCAUCUUAAGGUGACACUUCCACAUCCAGACCAGGUUCAGACUCAGCAUUCACACCUGACUGAAGCCACAGUUCAACCUUUGGAUCUAGAGAUUACCAUCACUCCAGAAUCCACAACAGAGGUUGAACCGUCUACAGCCCUGAUGACUACAGCUCUUCCUCCAGAACACCCUGAGGUGACACUUCCACCUUCAGACAAGGGUCAGGCUCAGCAUUCACACCUGACUGAAGCCACAGUUCAACCUCUGGACCUGGAGCUUAGCACAACUACAGAGCCUACUGCAGAGGUUAAACCGUCUCCAACCACGGAGGAAACCUCAGCUCAGCCUCCAGACCCGGGGCUUGCCAUAACUCCAGAACCCACUCCAGAGAUUGCACAUUCCACAGUCCUGGAGAAGACUACAGCUCCUCAUCCAGACCAGGUUCAGACUCUGCAUCAAAGCCUGACCGAAGUCACAGGUCCACCUACAAUGUUAGAAUCUUCGCAGGAUUCAUUGGUGCAGUCUGAAACUGCACUAGAGGAACAGAAGGCCUCCACAAGCACCAACAUAUGUGAGCUCUGUACCUGCGGAGAUGAGACUCUGUCAUGUGUUGAUCUCAGCCCAAAGCAGAGGCCUCACCAAGUGCCUGUGCCAGAGCCCAACACCUACAAUGGCACCUUCACUAUCUUAAUUCUCAGUGAAAAUUAUUUGACUGAAUUACAUAAGGAUUCAUUUGAAGGCCUGCUAUCCCUCCAGUAUUUAGAUUUAUCCUGCAAUAAAAUACAGUCUAUUGAAAGACAUACAUUUGAACCACUACCAUUUUUGCAGUUUAUAAAUCUGGGCUGCAAUUUAAUUACGGAACUGAGCUUUGGAACAUUUCAGGCCUGGCACGGAAUGCAGUUUUUACACAACUUAAUUCUCAAUCGCAAUUUUCUGACUGCUGUCGAAGAUCCAUAUCUCUUUGAACUGCCGGCAUUAAAAUAUCUCUUUCUUCUUCAGAGACAUGGGAACAACGCACAUCACACAACACUUAAGAACAUUCUCAUGGUGACUGUUGAACUGCAAAAACUCGUCUCAGUGUCGCUCAGGCUGCAGUGCAGAGGCAUGACCUCAGCUCACUGCAACCUCCACCUCCCAGGUUCAAGCGAUUCUCCUGCCUCAGCCUCCCAAGUAGCUGGGAUUACAGGCGUGUGCCACCAUGCCCAGCAAAUUUUUGUAUUUUUAGGAGAGAUGAAGUUUCACCAUGCUGGCCAGACUGGUUUUGAACUCCUGACCUCAAGUGAUCCGCCAACGUUGGCCUCCCAAUGUGUUAGGUGUGAGCCACCUCGCCUGGCCUCACUCAGCAUAAUUUUUUUGAGAUUAUGCUACCAUCUCUGUUGUUGCCCCUAUCAGUACAGCUGGCCCUCCAUGUCUGCAGGUUCCUCAUCCAUGGAUUCAACGAACCAUGGAUGGAGAAUAUUUGGAAAAAAUAAAAUAUAUAAAAUACAACAAUAAAAACAGUAGAAAAUUUAAAACACAGUAUAAUUAUUUACAUACCAUUUACACUGUAUUAGGUAUUUAAAGUAUACCCGAGGCUUAUGUCAUUUAUUAUAUCAAGUAUUAUGUCAUUCCAUAUAAAAUACAUCAGCGUCUGUGGACUUUGGUAUCUGCGGGGGGUCCUGGAGCCAAUCCCCUGCAGACACCGAGGGACAACUCUUCACCACUUUUUAUGGCUGAGUAGUAUUCCAGUUGUGUGGAUGUAUCAAUUUGUUUAUCCAUUCAUCAAUGUAUGGACAUUUGGGUAGCUUCAAUUUUUUGCAAUUAUGAAUAAAACUUCUAAAAACACUCAUA